GUAUUUGUCAUGCAAGUCUCUUAGAGAAACAUGGGCUUUUACUCACUAUGUGGUUCUGUAACUCUCCUUGGGUUUUUCCUCUGUAUAUCAGAGGUAGAGAGCAUGAGGACACUGAAAAAUGUAGCUGUAAAAAGAGGAGGAUCUGUCACUAUUCCAUGUCUUUAUGAUGAGAAGUACAAAGCAAACAAAAAAUACUUGUGCAAAGGGUACUAUUGGUCUACCUGCAGUAUCGUAGCCUAUGCAAACUCAAGUGGAAAUCCAUCAGUCGUUGAUUAUCCAGAGCAGAAUUUGUUGACGGUGGAACUGAACUCUGUCUCUGAGUCUGGAUGGCAUUGGUGUGCUGUAGAAAUUGGGGAUAAAUUGCAGCAGGAUGACAGUGAUUUUUUGUAUCUGACGGUUAGUCAAGAUCCUGAUCUGUCAGUGAAUGAGAGCAGAGUGAGAGGUGAGGAAGGAGGCAGCGUCACAGUCCAGUGUCUCUACAGUGCUGCGUAUCAGAAUACACAGAAGCAGUGGUGCAGAUUUAAAGAUGGACAAUGCAACAUAGUGAGGACAUCCCAGAAUUCAGCAGUGUACAUCAGUGAUGAUGGGAGAAGAUCCUUCAGUGUGAGGAUGAGCAGACUGAAGAAGAGUGAUGCUGGAUGGUACUGGUGCAGUGCAGGAGAUCUGCAGGUUCCUGUUCACAUCAGUGUCAGUGAUCCACAUCCAGUGAAUACAACAGUGAAUACAACAGUGACUACAACCGCUCAUCAAGACAAUACGUACACAUCUGACUCGAAGCACAAUUCAGUGUUUGUGAAUUCAGUUCCCAGCCGUAAUGAAACCACUAGUUUGGUUUGGACCCUGAACCAUUGGUACCUGGUGGCCCUUCUUCUGCCACUGGUGAUACUGGUCAUCAUCAUCUGUAUGCUCAGAAAGAAAUGUGAGUUAGAGAAUCAACCCAGGAUCAGAGAGAGGAGCAAUGACACCACUGUUCCCACAGCUAAGAAUAAGCCCACUUGUACUGCUGAAGACUCGAUUAUAUACAGCACUGUGGCUACAAAGAGUAAAAAACAGGCCACUUUUACAGAUGAAGACUCCAUUAUAUACAGCACUGUGGCUAAAAGCAAGCCAAAGGAUGAGACCUACAGCUCUGUAAACACUGCAUGCAAAAACAAAACUGUUUCUCCAAAUGAUGUCACUAAUGAGACCCUCUACAGCUAUGAGGUUUACCAGAGGAUGACUUACUGUCCACUGGCUGUGGGGCCUCAGGGAUCUCUACUGGGUCGUGUGUCCAUCCUCAACAUCCUUACAGAUAAAUUCCCAAGAGCCAGAGAUGUUCUGUAUCGCAGACAACUGAAGGACAUGAUCUUGAGCACAAAGUGUGAUGAGCAGGAAGAGGAACUGCUUGAGCCGCUACAGACACAGUACCAACUUCACAUAGAAGCAGGACAUCCUGAUCUGUCAGUGAGGGAGAGCAGAGUGAGAGGUGAGGAAGGAGGCAGCAUCACAGUCCAGUGUCUCUACAGUGCUGAGUAUCAGAAUACACAGAAGCAGUGGUGCAGAUUUAAAGAUGAACAAUGCAACACAGUGGGGAUUAAAACAUUCCGCUAUUCAGCAGUUCACUACAUCAAAUACUACAACAAAGUCUACAGCAACGACUACAACAGAGUCUACAACAGAGUUUUCAACAGAGUCUACAGCAGUGUCUACAACAGCGUCUACAGCAGUGUCUACAUCAGAGUCUACAGCAGAGUCUACAACAGAGUCUACAUCAGAGUCUACAACAGAGUCUACAACAGAGUCUACAACAGCGUCUACAUCAGAGUCUACAACAGAGUCUACAGCAGAGUCUACAACAAUCUGACUCAAAGCACAAUUCAGAGAGCCAGAAAUGUUCUGUAUCGCAGACAACUGAAGGACGUGAUCUUGGCCCGCACUUCCUCUACCCAGACCGAUGGCUGUCCUCAUGCUCUUCCUGAGCGUUGCUGCUCUGCACUGGAACCCCCUGCCUCUCCUUCUUCUCCUUCAACCUCCUCCUCCCCACCUCCUGGAUCUCCCGACUACUCUCCUACGUCUCCUAGAGCCAGAGAUGUUCUGUAUCGCAGACAACUGAAGGACGUGAUCUUGUCUGCGCUUAUAGAAGAGGUAGAGAGCAUGAGGACACUGAAACAUGUAGCUGUAAAAAGAGGAGGAUCUGUCACUAUUCCAUGUCUUUAUGAUGAGAAGUACAAAGCAAACAGUAAAUUCUGGUGCAAAGGGUACUAUUGGUCUACCUGCAGUAUCGUAGCCUAUGCAAACUCAAGUGGAAAUCCAUCAGUCGUUGAUCAUCCAGAGCAGAAUUUUUUCACGGUGGAACUGAACUCUGUCUCUGAGUCUGGAACGGGUUGGUGUGCUGCAGAAAUUGGGGAUAAAUGGCAGCCGGAUGACCAUGAUUAUUUGUACCUAACGGUUAGUCAAGAUCCUGAUCUGUCAGUGAAUGAGAGCAGAGUGAGAGGUGAGGAAGGAGGCAGCGUCACAGUCC